ACAAAGCUUUGUUGAAUCUGUUGUUUUUAAAUCGUGUUAGCAAAUAGUCGUUGCUAGGGCAGCUAGCCCGUUAGCAUGUCCAGUUUAAAUAAUUCUACCUGCUAAAUUAUAACAGUUAUGCGAUUUUUGUGGUCGGAAAAACAUGCGUGAAAUGUGCUUUCGGUUUAUGGAAAAAUGUUGUCCAUAAUAUUCCGUGACACAUUGGCUCUCUGUUAGCCACAUAGCCAGCUGCUCUCUGUGUUUACGGACCGACUCGGACAUAGUCAUACGUGAAAUCUAGAUAUAUUUCAUCUCCUCCUUUGGAAGUGGUUUGGGAAUAAGUGCAAUAUGGACACGAAUGUUCAGAAGAGGCGAGAAAACAAGAAGUCGUUACGGGUUAAGGUCAUUAGUCUGGGAAAUGCAGAGGUGGGGAAGAGCUGCAUUAUUAAACGAUACUGUGAGAAGCGGUUUGUGCCCAAGUAUCUAGCUACUAUUGGGAUAGAUUAUGGUGUAACCAAGGUCCAGGUUCGAGAGGAGAUAAAAGUAAACAUUUUUGAUAUGGCUGGACAUCCUUUCUUUUAUGAGGUCCGCAAUGAGUUUUAUAAGGACUCUCAGGGGGUGAUUCUAGUCUAUGAUGUUGGUCUGAGGGAAAGUUUUGACGCUCUGGACAGCUGGCUCACAGAGAUGAAGCAGGAAAUGGGCUCACAGGCCAACAUGGAGAACAUCAUCUUCAUUGUGUGUGCCAACAAGGUUGACCUGACAAAAAGGCGAGUUGUGGAUGAGAGUGAGGGGAGACUUUGGGCCGAGAGCAGAGGAUUUCAUUACUUUGAAACUUCUGCUCAGAGUGGUGAAGGCAUCAAUGAAAUGUUUCAGGCCUUUUUCUCAUCCAUAACUGACAUGUGUGAAAAUGGAGGGAAGAGACCCACUCCAGAGGUCAAUGUAGGUUUUACUAAAGAGCAGGCCGACACCAUCCGACGCAUCCGCAACAGCAAAGACAGCUGGGAUAUGCUGGGGGUUAAACCUGGGGCCACAAGGGAGGAAGUCAACAAGGCAUACAGGAAGUUGGCUGUACUGUUGCACCCGGACAAGUGUGUGGCCCCAGGCAGUGAAGAUGCCUUUAAAGCAGUGGUUAACGCUCGCACAUCCCUGCUCAAGAAUAUCAAGGACGCCAUGAACUACAUGGAUGAUUUCCAGUUUUUCGUCCACUUCACCUUAGCUCACUCCAAAGAGGAGGAAAAGCAUGAGCAGAAAAUAUAACUUGUCUAAUAUCUUUGCAUCAAUUCAAUAUAACAGUGCAUUUGUGUUAAAAAAAUACAUACAUACAUGAAAGUCGUUUUUAUGUAAAUCUACUCGGAUUUAACACUAGAUUCUACUCUCUAGAAUAUCACGUCUUUUGAAGAGAAUCAAAUUUUAAUAGAUAGUAUAUAAAUCAACCUGUUCAAGAAAUAUUGUAAGUGUCAUGAACAUGCAAUUUGUUAAUUUCACUGAAGUUAUGUAUUUAUGGGUAGUUUUUGUUAUGGACUUACCAAACAUACACUACUAUUCAAAAGUUUGUAGUAAGUAAGAUUUUUUAUUUAUUUUUUAACAGAAAGUAAUGCUUUUAUUCAGCAAGGUUCUGUUAAAGGGGUCAUCGGAUGCGACAUGCACUUUUACAAGUUGUAUCACUGUAAUCAUUUCCCCUUUCUCAUAUCAAGCCAUUCUCAGAUGCCUGUCAGUGUGAUGUCCCCUCCCACGAUUGUUGAUUGACACAAGCAUUUUACCUUAGACCCGCCCUGAGUGAGCUGUCAUCAGUCCGCCAUUGUUUCACCUCCGGAGCAGAUGUAGACAAAAAUGUUUCCUAAGCGAUUGAGGUGUUUUGUUGUUAGAUAUCAUAAUGAACAUAACAGUCGUCAUUUACUCCUGACAUCUGAGCUGCUGAAGACACAGUGGAUUACUUUUGUUUCUGAAGGGAAUGAGCCCCCAAUCUACCUAAAUGUGUCUAUCUUCACGCGAAUCAUUCGUGAAGUGAGUGUAAAGUUUUUUAAUGAAUCUUUGCAAAUUGCCUUUCCUAAUAAUGUGCUAGUUAGCAAGUUUCACGAUGAAUGCUGCUAAAGUUUACCAUCUCUCAGAGAGCGGCUCGGGGUGGGGUGAGCAGAGCUCAUUUCCAUUUAAAGCGACAUGCAAUAAAACGGCUUGCUGUAGACAGAGCUGUUUUUGACAGGGUAAAAACGGUGUUGUUUUACACUACCAUUGAGAAAUUUUAACCAAACUAUGUUAUAGACUUUUCAUUAAGACCCUAAAAAAUCAUAUCAACUUGUGGAAAAUGGGCAUCCAAUGACCCCUUUAAAUUGAUCAAAAGUGCAAAGACAAUUACAUUAUUACAAAUGAUUUUUGUUUCAAAUAAAUGCUGUUCUUUUGAACUUUUUUUUUUUAUUUAAAAAGAAUCCUGAAAAAUAUGUAUCAUGUUCUCCAUAGAAAUAUUAAGCAGCACAACUGUUUUCAACAUUGAUAAUAAUAAGAAAUAUUUGUUGAGCACCAAAUUAGUAUAUUGGAAUGAUUUCUGAAGGAUCAUGUGACACUAAAGGCUGGAGUAAUAACUGCUGAAAAAUCAGCUUUGCCAUUACAGGAAUAAAUUGCAUUAUACAAUAUAAUAUUUUAAGUUAAAUAAUGAUAUUUUAAUAUUUACUCUUUCACAGUAUUUUUGAUCAAAUAAAUGUAGCCUUUUUGAACAUAAGAGACUUUCAGAAACAUCAUACCAACCCCAAACGUUUGAACUACUCUAGUAUAGGUUGUGGUCACUAGUGCCAAGACUAUAUUAAAGUGUAUAAGAGUGCCAUUACCAGUCUUUACACAACAUUUUGGGGGUUUGCUAAGUGUAAAGUUAAAAAUAUAACCAAUAUUGAUGUUGAGACAGUAGUUAUAUAUAUAUAUAUAUAUAUAUAUAUAUAUAUAUAUAUAUAUGUGUGUGUGUGUGUGUGUGGUUAACAUAAUAAAUAUGGUUGAUUUUUCUUUUCUGAAGUGUUUUAGGCAUGAAAGGAACUAUCUGUAAAUCUGUCACCGUGAUGGUAAUCUGCUCCAAGGAUAACGCAAGAACAAAGGGGCUUUGUUUACACCAACACUGGAAUAAAUAUAACUGAGAUAAAACCGUUACAUUAGCAGAGCUGUGUAGAUGUGCCAACAUGCAUUAGUUCAACAAUGUUUUGUUUGGCCCUUGUAUAUUAACAUAUCUAUGUAGGUAACAAUCAUUGUAAUGCAAGUAUAUAAAAUAUUGUAUUUUUUUAUGGAACCGUGGCGUUUACAACACAGUGUGAGUGUACGUGUGCAUUAUUUAUAUUUUUAAAUAUUUAUCUGAAAGUAUAAGUUUUGUGAUCUCUAUUACAUUUGUUUAUUUUCAAGGGCAUUUGAUAAUGUGCUGCCUUGUUCGCUAUGUUCGACUAUGUAACAUUUACCCAAACAAUGUUAAGAGUUACAUCAUCUGUAAUGUUGUACUCCUAAAUGUUUCAUUAGCCACACUCACUACACAAUACCAAAUCUUUUAACUGGAGUCAUUUUUGUUUCCUUUUGCUUCAUUGUGUGACAUUGAUUUGUCUGAGUAAGGCAUGAGUAAGAAGCAUGUUUGUGAUUAUGCAGAAUACAAAGAUUAGGCCUGUUUACAUGAAUGCCAAGGCCACUGCUCAAUGGGAAAAGUGGCUCUGUUUUAUGCACAGAAGCAUUUACUUUCUCCAUUCAGCUUAUAUAGCGAAAUAAAGGAAUAAUUGUAAAUCA